GGAAGUGCACACCGGUGAGGAGACAGUAUUUUUGUAUGGUCAUUAUCAAAAGCAAAUCUCUCCGCACCAGUGGGGAGGGCGGAGCGUCCAGUCUUGCAUCCAUUAGUAUUCAGAUCCUUACCCAAGAGACCUACUAACAACCCAUUGUGGCCUAUUUCCUCACUCCCCAGUCUGUCUCCGAAAUAAUUCAAGAGCUUUACUUGCCCGAAAACAACCACACGGAAUUGAACCCAGUGAAGCAUCUCGAUCUGCCAAAAAGGAAAAGGAAAAAAACAAAACUCUCCAUACUCCUCACCCAGUGACCUUGACCUAACUAAAGCAAUGGUGACUUAGGGCUUUGAUGAUCAGACAACCAGAAUCCAACGUCCGCGGCAGCCACGUGACCCCCCUCGCAAAACCCCCUCAUGACAACCCCACAGUUUUUCUUCCCCGCUCGCAUGUUAUCCAGCAAAAGACAAAUGCUCCAAUUUCAAGGCAAUUCGCUAUGGAGGACGAGAGAGCCCCCCCUGGGAAAGUGAGAAAGAAGUCUACUCCCGCCAACCGAAAGUCCCUGUCUUGUGAAUAUUGUAGCAGGUCUUUUGCGCGUCUGGAGCAUCUCCAACGCCAUCUCCGCACCCAUACAAAGGAGAAACCUUUUUCAUGUGAUAUCUGCUCCAAAUCCUUUGCAAGAAGCGAUCUACUCGUACGACAUGAGCGACUAGUCCAUCCAGCCGAGGCAGCAGCCAAUCGCGAACAUCGAAAUCAUAGCAGUCAUGAUGUUCCUCAGACCCCGUCAUCCAUAAUACAACCAACCCACCACGAGUCUCGCAUGCUAGAGCUUGCAGAUGCCGUCCCAGUGCAAACACAACCAGUGCCACAGCCCCCACCGGAGGCGCAGGUCCAACCCCCUCCAAUAGUCGAAACAACUCAUUUCAACCCAUCCUGGGGGUACGAUUUGAAUUUACUCUCUCAUGCUGCUAGUCAUGUCGCCCUUGAGGGCCAGCAGGAAAGCCUUGAGUCGAUGCGAAAGGCCUCACAGAACGUAGGUCCCCCUCAGCCGUUAUCUCAGGUUCCAGAGAGGGCAAUCACCGACAAUUAUGGUGUUGAGCCUUCUUUUCUGGAUCUUACAGAUUUAGGUGACCCGGUUCAAGACUUCACCGUCUUCUUAGAGAGCGUUGGCCUUUCCUCUGAUUGGGACUCCGGUGUAUUCUCGUCGGUGGAGGAGCCCAUGUUGCCGACAAAUAUCCCAAUUGACUCCAAACCACCAAUUCGCGAAAGUGCGAGGCUAGGAGUGGAUAUAAUGAAUGAUCCGCGAGGACCCGCUGACGAGCCGCCGUCUUUUUCUAAUUUUGGAUCUCGGCUACCGUCUCUGCAGCCAGAGCCGCAAGAUGUGGAUGAUCGUCUUGUGUUUGGUGAUGAGGGCCCUCGCCCAGCUUGGGAUGUCUCAAAUGCAGAUCGUCAAGUCUUUCUUUCAAAGCUUGAAGAGUUUGCCUAUAUUCUCCCUAAGGGCUUCAUUCCGCCAUCAAGGCAUGCUCUGUCUCGCUUCUUUGCUGGCUACAUAAACGGACUAAACGAACAUCUCCCUUUCCUUCAUGUGCCUACACUCUCAGUUGCAAAAUGCUCUCCCGAGCUCACUCUCGCAUUAGCAGCGGCAGGUUCUCAUUACCGCUUUGAAAACAAUCGAGGGAUCGAGCUUUUCCAUGCGGCGAAAGCAAUCCUUCUGCAGCGCCUCCAGAAAAGAGAUAGCAAACAAGUACAAUGCCCAACGUGGAACUUUGUCUCUCCACCAUCUGGAUUCCACGAUUCGCGGGGCUCUUCUACCCCUUCCAACAACGCGAAUAGUCCGUUUCAGCAACAUCAUAUCCCACAUCCAAUUGAUCCGUCAGGCUACGCGCCACAAGAUUCGGAUGCUCACAUGGAAGUGAUCCGGACCUUUCUGCUACUCACGGUGUUUGCUUCUUGGGAGAGACAUCCUGACCUAUUGCGAGAAAUUCUUUCUCUCCAGAGCACAUUGGCCAGGCUUGUCAGAGAACAUGGGCUCGCUGAGCCACCUCCUAGUGCCGAUCCCAACAACUGGGAAGACUGGGUACGGAGAGAAGGUAACAGGCGCACGAAGUUCAUCGUAUACUGCUUCUUCAAUUUACAUUCCAUCAUGUACAACAUUCCCCCGUUGAUUCUGAAUGCAGAGCUGAAGCUAAAUAUGCCAUGCUCGCACGAUGUCUGGAAAGCUAACAACGCUAACCAAUGGCGGCGGGUCAUGCGUUCUCGACAUGGCCCUGAGGUUCCAUUUCAAGAAGCUUUUGCUAAACUGUUUUUGAAAUCCAAUAUGUCAAGUUCAUCGACCCCCAUAUCGCCCCUUGGGAACUACAUCCUCAUACAUGCCCUUAUCCAGCAAAUCUUCUUUGCCCGCCAGCUUUGCCUCUCCGCACCAACGAUGCAAGGCACUAGCUUGAGACAGGAGGACCUAUCGGCCUUGGAUAAUUCUCUGAGUGCUUGGAAGGCAUUGUGGAAGCGCACUCCAGAAUCAAGCAUUGACCCCCAAAACCCGGCCGGUCCAAUAGCAUUUACAUCUACAGCUCUUCUUGGGCUCGCCUAUAUCAGGCUACAUGUUGAUUUAGGCCCUUGCCGUCGCCUCAUUACCCAAGAUCCAAUUCAGAUCGCUAGGGCACUAGGUGAAUCUCCACAUGUAGCAAGGAGCCCACGGCUCAUUAUGGCUUUACUACAUUCUGCGCACGCUCUCUCCAUCCCGGUGCGCCUUGGGAUAGACUUCGUAGCGCGAACCCAUUCGUUCUUCUGGAGUAUCCAGCAUUCUCUUUGUAGUUUGGAAUGUGCAUUUCUUUUAAGUCGGUGGUUGCUUUCUAUACCGAUGACGCAGGCUGAACAAAGGCUGUCAGAGCACGAGCGGAAAUUGCUCUUAUGGAUUAAGAGUAUGAUGGAUGAGACCGAUAUGGCUGUCGAUCCACCAGGUGCACCUGAUGGGGAGUUCAUGGCCAACCCCUACAAGGCAAAGCAACUAAGCAUUGCUAUUGUCCGAGUAUGGGCGAGGACCUUCAAAGGGAACACAAGCUGGGCGAUAGUGGAUCUGGUCGGAUCGAGCUUGGAAGCUUAUGCGGAUCUUCUGGAAACGCAGCUGUGACGUUCGUUUGCGAUUGUCUACACCAACACAUCCGAAGAAUUUGUGUUGGACUAAAGCACUCGGCAUGAGGCUGAUAGCUUGUAUGUUUCCUUCCUCUUCUUUUGUCCUCUCUUUCGAUAUUACUACGACACGCACGGCUUGUCUACUGACCAUCGACGACCCCGAAUGCAUACCAGCUGAGCUCGCCUUCGCCUUCCACUUGAGUCGGUAUUGGACAUAGCAACUUAGUCCUUGUGGCAGUCUGGGAUGAAAUGUGAUGUUAUUAUAUACCCCAUCCCUUAUUUUCUUUACCUCUUAAUUAUGUAUAUAAGUGUAAGCUCUCUUGUCCUAGGAGGCUGGAUAUGUUGUGAUAUGAUUAUUAUGCCUCAAAACUUGUGAUUUCACUUCCCUGCCCUCGGUUUUUCCUUGAGGAAGUGAUGAUUACACGCCUUGUCCUCUUCUUAUGUUAAUUUUGUUUUUUUUUUUUUUUUUUUUUUU